AUGGCGUUGUCCUCCCUUAUGAAGUUCAGGGCUGUGUCUGGAGCUGCAAACCAAAAGAGAAGUCUAAAAACUCAUGUAUGGAGUCACACAGGAGAAAAGCCUUUCACAUGUACAGAGUGUGGAAAAUGUUUUACACAAAAGAGUAAUCUAAAAACUCAUAAAAGGAGUCACACAGGAGAAAAGCCUUUCACGUGUACAGAGUGUGGAAAAAGUUUUACAAAAAAGAGAAGUCUAAAAACUCAUGUAUGGAGUCACACAGGAGAAAAGCCUUUCACAUGUACAGAGUGUGGAAAAUGUUUUACACUGAAAAGUAAUCUGAAAACUCAUGAAAGGAUUCACACAGGAGAAAACACGUUCACAUGUACAAAGUGUGGAAAAUGUUUUACACAUAUAAGUCUUCUGACAUCUCAUGAAAGGAGUCACACAGGAGAAAAGCCUUUCAAAUGUACAGAGUGUGGGAAAUGUUUUACAGAAAAGAAAAGUCUAAAAACUCAUGAAAGGAGUCACACAGGAGAAAAGCCUUUCACAUGUACAGAGUGUGGAAAAUGUUUUCCACAAAAGAGUAAUCUAAAAUCUCAUGAAAGGAGUCACACAGGAGAAAAGCCUUUCACAUGUACUGAGUGUGGAAAAUGUUUUACACAAAAGAGUGAUCUAAAACCUCAUGAAAGGAUUCACACAGGAGAAAAACCUUUCACAUGUACAGAAUGUGGAAGAUGUUUUCCACAAAAGAGUUAUCUAAGAACUCAUGAAAGGAUUCACACAGGAGAAAAGUCUUUCAUAUGUACAGAAUGUGGAAGAUGUUUUCCACAAAAGAGUCAUCUAAAAACUCAUGAAAGGUUUCACACAGGAAGUAAACCUUUCACAUGUACAGAGUGUGGAAAAGGAUUUACAGUAAAGAGUACUCUGAAAACUCAUGAAAGGAUUCACACAGGAGAAAAACCUUUCACAUGUACAGAGUGUGGAAUAUGUUUUACACAAAAGAGUGAACUGAAAUAUCAUGAGAGGAUUCACAAAGGAGAAAAGCCGUUCACAUGUACAGAGUGUGGAAAAUGUUUUACACAAAAGAGUAAUCUAAAAACUCAUGAAAGGUUUCACACAGGAAAAAAACCUUUCACAUGUACAGAGUGUGGAAAAGGAUUUACAGUUAAGAGUAAUCUGAAAACUCAUGAAAGGAUUCACACAGGAGAAAAACCUUUCACAUGUACAGUGUGUGGAAAAGGAUUUACAGUAAAGAGUAAUCUGAAAACUCAUGAAAUGAUUCACACCGGAGAAAACCCUUUCACAUGUUUAUAA